UCACCAACUUCCCGCCCCCGCCCCCUCCACCUUCCCCCUUUCACUACAGCUGUCCGACAACCCAUAAAGCAUUCACCAUACGAACACGAACAUGACACAGGAGACAGUUAACCACCCUUCAAGAGCCGACCGUCAAAAGUGCUGGAAGGUCCGUGAUGCAUACUUUGCAUGUCUGGACGAAUCCAAAGUUCUGGACCCCUCUACUCCGGAGGCAGCCUCUAUCUGCCAAGAGCUCAGGAAACAAUACGAAGGCGCCUGUAUGAAGAGCUGGGUCGAAUACUUUAAUAAACGUCGCGUGUUGGAAGUGGAGCAAAAGGAGAUUCUGGAACGGAUGAGAGCACAGCACCAAGCUGUCGAGGAUAGGGCUGCAGAGACAAAGGCGAAAGCAGAAAAGGCAUAAUCAACAUAGAGAGUUUGCAUCAUAACCUAGCACGCAUCACGGAUCUUUAAAAAAGCAAAUAAAAAAACCAACAACAACAAGGGAGUAGACAUCAGGA